GGGAGUUGUAGUACCCACCGAGGAAAGGCUGCAUGACGCAGCGGCGCCUGCGCAGUGUUUGCCGACUGGGAGUAGACGGAAAGAGCGCGGAGGAGAGAGAGAGAGAACCAACAGCAAAGAGCAAAGAGAAUUAUUGUUAGAGAAACCAGAGAGGGAGAGGCAGCAGCGGCUGGUGGAACUGGAUCUGCCUCCCCGGUGCAUUGCGAUAUAUGCGCCGGAACUCUCUCCACACGUACCCAUCCUCUCCCGGUCAUGCCACCAAGCAGACUGGACGAUGUAUUUUUAUUUCACCUGGCCUAAGAUGAAUGCCAGUGCAGCGGGCGGAGAUGGAUCCGGGGUCCUGCCCAGCAGCAGCAUCAGUUGCAACAAGCGGGGGAGCGGCGCUCCACUGGUGAAUGGGAACGAAGCCUCUGAUGCUCCUGCGGGCGUCACUGCUACUACUCCAGGCGCGGGCUUCGCGGAUUCUACCGACAGCGUUAGGCCUCAAGUCUGCGGGUAUGCUAAUAAUAUUCAUAAUAUCAGCAACAACAACAAAAGCGGUAACGUAACUGCUCUAAACAGCAAGGAGUCCACUAUUGGGACUGGUGGGACCGGCAGUGCCGAUGUGCCAGAAUGCGAGGUGGAUUGUUACACAGGUGUAAAUGGAAGUGGGGAAGAAAUGAAGAAAACAGACAGUUCUGUUACCGAUGAUAAAAAUAGUAACGACGGCGAUAGUAAAACUGGCGACGGACGAUGCGUUUUUGUGACAACGCCAGCUGUCAGGACGACAGGUACUGUAUUGGCCGCUAGUACAAGCUGCACAAGCAGUAAAGGGGACCCAGACUCCUCCCUUGUUCUACCCCGCUCUGCUGGAGACGGAACUGGGCAGAGCGAAGCAGCGACAAACACAGGGGAUCGUACAAUAAACACUGCUUGUUUUUUAGCCAUGCACCAUUACCAGGGCAGCAGGUGGGAGGGGAAACGUCUGUGUUUUCCAAGUAGCACCAACAGCAGGGCAACACAUUGCAGCAAAGCCCCUACAAAGUCCUGGGAAUCAGGUUUUAAAGAGCCGGCAGCCCCAGCCGCGGUUUACAGCAGUGCCACCUCCUCCUUUCCCGGUUUCGUCAACAGCAGUAAUGGUCCCCACACGGCGUUUGGCAAGAUCGACAGGAUCAUUGGUGUUCCUUGUUGCGGGAAAGAAGAUAGCUCAGAUAAGAUUGCUCGCGAAAACAGCAGUGUUAGUAGUCGCAGUCGUAGUUGUAGGCGGGAGCCAAAAUCUGCCAAAGGCCGGGUAAGGUUGUACAGGGUUCGCACUUUUGUUGCUGCUUCUGCAGCAGCUAGUAAUACCAGUAAUAAUAACAGCACCACUCGCGGUAAUAUUAAUGGUUUUAAUGGUGCAUUGGCACAAAAACGUCUAAGCAGCGAUGCUGGUGGUAGAAUUACAUUAGAAGAAGGCAGCACGGCAUCUAGCAUUGGCAACAAUACUACUACUGCUGGUACCCAGGACUCUGCAACUGAGGAGGGCAGAAGAAUAGACUUGCAAGUAGUAAAUCAGCCAGGGGACCUGCUGCUGUCACUUCCAGGCCCUAAAGCCAGAUGGGCUGAUGGCAGAACUCGCUUUGUGAAAAAAGAGGGAUAUGUGACAAAUAGAAAUUACAGUAAUAAUGACCUUCUCCAAAAGGCCCCCCUGGGGUCGAAGGGAAAGACUGUUGUCAACAACGGUGUCAGCCUGGAGCCGACUAAGAGCGCUAAUGGCUUUAGGAAGUCACUAGAUUUGACCAUGUGCGGUGCUGGGGCAGAUUGUACUUCAGAGCUGCCCAGCCUAGGGGAGCUUGAGGCUGGAGCCAGGGAGGCAGUGAAGAGACAGGCUGAGAUGGAGGUGCGAGCCCUGAGGAUCUGCAAGAGGCUGCAGGUAGUCCAGGCCAAGCAGGUGGAGAGGCACGCAGUACAGCAGCUAAAGGGGCUAGUGGAGAGUGUGCUAAGAGGAGACUGCACCCUGCCAGGAGGGGGAGCUAGUGUACAGGCCCAGGACACGCUAUACAGAACCAGCCCUCUCCUGUGCAACGCCUUGCAAGCUGGACCUAGUCAUUUCGGGAAGCAUCCCUUCUUGCCCCGCACCACUUCCCCACUCUCCCUGCCACUCUUCCCUGCCCAGCUGGGCUCUGGGGAGAUGUCUUGGCUGGUAGGCAGCUUGGGGGCUGCCCUCAGGACAGUUGAGACGGCCUUUGAUUCAGACGCCACGGCCAGUAGCUCCGGAGGGGAGAGUGACGUGGAGGAGAGAGAGCUAGGAGCUGCUCGGCCCACACACAGACACCGACCGCUGAGGAGCCGGGUGGAGUGGCAGUGGGUGGAGCAGAGAGCCAAGGUGGGCAGUCGAUGGGCAUGGCUACAGGCACAGGUGUCUGACCUGGAGUACCGUAUCCGGCAGCAAACUGAACUUUAUCGGCACAUCCGUACCAGCAAGGUGCCGGUGGUUCUGUGUGAAGCCCCUUCUCUGGAGUCCCUACUGAGAGAACCCUCUCACUUCAGGCCAGGGCAGACCCCUGUCUCCCCCUCCUCCUCCUCCGUUUCCUCCCUGCUCAGUCCUGCUCAGCUCUUGCACAACUUCUGCCACCAGAGCUCUCGUGUGGCCCAGUCUCUGGGCAGUGUGCUGUCCUCCUCCAACUCCUCAGGGUCCCCUUUCAGCUCCCCGGGAGUGCUCAAUGGCUCCCUCCACAGCUCUGAGGUAUGUGACAGCUCUCCAGAGGCUCUCUGGAAGAGGCAGCGGGUGGACUGUCUGAGCGCCCCGCCCUCCCCACUGGACAGCAGCUGUAUGGCAGCCCGGGUUCGACCGCUGCAGCGCCACCAGAGACGCAGGCUGGUACGCAUCGGCGGGGCACCCUACAUGCGCGCCAAGCCUCUGGUGCUCCGCUGUAGCUGUGAGCUGCCCUCCUCCUGUAUCCUGUGUGGUGGUCGCCGCCUCUCCACUCAGACCCCCGAUCACAGCGGCUGCACUGUGGAGGAGCGUGGGGCUGCACUGGAGCCCUCCUUCCACCCCAUCCUCUCCUUCUCACACGAUCUUCCUCUUCACCUGCUUGUAGAAGGCAAGCUGCAGGAUGCAGGUCAGUUUCUGAGCCCUCAUUGGCUGAAGGGGGGCAGGGCCACCCCGGGACCACACAGGCACAUGCAGUGGGAGUCGGGCCCCACACUGCACAGGACAAAGGAGGAGACACAGGGGCCUCACAGGGUCAAAGCUCUGCGGCUCUCCCAGAUCAAGAGGAAACGCACAGACCCCUCCAAGAAUGCCUGCCACAAGCUGGCCUCUUCACUGCUCUCUUCUGCCAAAUAUGGACACAGUAAAAGCAGUUCCGAGCGGUUACUCAAGCACCGCUUAGAGAGCUGGCAGACUGCUCCUAACUUCCAGACUAUUCCCACUUUGGAAAAGAGCCGAUCCCAAAUCAGGAAACCUCAUUCCACCCUCCACCCUCCCGGCUGUGCGAGUCGAGGCGAGAGGCUGCAGAGGGGCGCAGGCAGCCCCAGUCUCUACAUUCCCAAAACCAGUCCCGAGGCCCAGUCCCAGACCACAGCAAUCCCAGCUAGUGACCCCACACUGACUGGCUCCCUCACCAACACCAGCCCACAGCAACCAAGCCGGCGGCGGAGAGGGGAGAGCUCGUUCGACAUCAAUAACAUCGUCAUCCCCAUGUCCAUGGCACUAGGAGCCAGAGUGGAGAAGCUGCAGUACAAGGAGAUCCUCACACCCAGCUGGCGUCACCUAGACCCGGAGGUGUUCCAGCCUGUCGACUUUACGAGCUCCGAGCAAGAGGAAGAAGAGGCAGAGGAGGUGGAGGACACGUCGGACGAGACCUACCUGAGCCGACACUCUCAGUGGGAGGAGAGGGAGAGGUCUCGCUGGGGCAGCUGGGCCCCAAGCUCCACACAGCGCAGAGUGGGCCGGCCUUCUAACAAAGGAGAUGGCAGACUGACGCCCCAGCCUCCUCUGCAGUCGAAGCUGGGUCUCUGCCAACCUGCCUCCCCCCCGGAGCUGUGCCCCCCCCUCCUCAGCGAGCUACCCUAUUUGUGGACACACAGCCCCCCCGAGCCCUGGGAACAGCGCGGGCGAGUGCUCCUCUUCAGUGAGGACACCACCUCCUCCCUGCCCGACGAUGAGCUGUUGACGGUGCUCCCCUGGGAGCCACGCUGCUUCCCCCUGUCGGACAGUGAUCUGCAGCUGCUGCAGCAGAGCCCUGAGGACGAGGACAAGGCCUUCCAGCAGAUCCGUUGGCCCCCAGGGACAGGCCGGAACAGCUCAUUAGCCACAGGGAGCCCCAGCACACAGGGCAUUCGGACUGAGAGCACCGACUCUGGGAUAUCGCUGGGCAGCAUGGAGCUAACUCCCACCUCCCUGAACCCCCAGGUCCCUCAUUACAGCCUGGACACAGAUUCCUUCCCUCCUCCCUCGCACAGUCUGGCACCCAUCUCCAUGCACCACCCAGCUCCUCACUGCAGCCUGGAAAUGGACACACUCGCUCACCCCUCUCACAGACUCACCCCCAUUUCUCUGCAGCCCCCUCUGUCACACAGCAAGCACAGCAAUCCCUUGCCAAACUCCCAGCACCCCCUCUUCAGCUCUGUGUUCCAUCUCACACACUGCAGUCCCCCUGACACAGAUGACAUCAGGACGUCUGAAACCGCAGCCAGUAAAAUGUAUGAGACUUAAUCUGCUAGUGCAGAUAUAACCAAGGGAUUGCUCCUGUAUUUAAACAAAACAUGCUGUUCCGAUUGCUUUUUACGUUUGAUAUUCAAACAUCUAUAGUUCUGAGGAAAAAACACCUGAAAGAACACAUGAAACUAUCUGUCUCCUUAAUCUAUCUAAUCUCCUCCACACCACACCCACCCCAUCCCUACACAAUACCUUCUGUUUCUUUCUUUCUUUCUUUUAUUUAACAUCAAACUUCUGGUGCAACAGUUGUCAAACAAAAUGGCUCUCGACCAGCAGUUCUACAGUUUUAAAGGUUUCAUCCAGGUAGACAAAAAGUUUAGCAACUUGUAUGGCACAAGACUCUCUGGGAAUAUGUUUGUGUGCCACUACUAUCACUAGCACACUCAUCUAUCACCUUCCUUUAACCAGUGCUGCAGUAACAGUUUAUAAUCUCAUGUAUGCACCUCCUACCAGAAGAGAGUGUGCCACACAACUAAGCAAGUGCUGUGGGGGAAGUCAGAUUGGUUUGUCUGAAGUGUUUUAUGUCUGGGUUGUCUCUUUCUAUUCUGGUACAGUACUAUUGUACAACUGGUGCUUUACUAUUGUCUGCAGAAAUAAAACUGCAAAGUGGAUGCCAGUAAAACCGUCCUUCAGUAGAAAGUUAUGACAAGCUGCUGAAAGAAAAAUGAUUGCUGGCAAAGAGUAGUAGUGAGCAGGAGUGUGUGUUGAGGAUUUAAUCUGUUUAACAAUCCUUUAUUACAAUAAGUGUUAUUUCUGUUAUUUAUAUACACAGAAUAGGUAACCAUGAAGCUUAUUCAGAUGGCAUUACUGUCUGCUCCCUCUAUAGUAAUCAGUACAGACUGUUCACUACAUAUUCUUUUGAUUUGUGUAGUAUUUUCCAACACACCAGAAUUAGGCUUUCUCCACUCCUCCAUCCCCCUGCAACAAAGCAGAAAGUACUCAUUUUAGAUUUGUUUUGAGGGUAAAUGACUAAAUUACAGAACAGAUCUGCUUGCCUAAUUUACCCUUGCAACGAUUUAUUAGAUUUUUGUAGAUUUAAGGAGAUGGGGUUUGCUGCAGGUAAAUUAAAUACCUUGUAAGUAAUCCUUACAAUGAUCACCCUGCCACUGCGUAAUCUUACUGUGGCAGCAAGUUAGUUCCAACGGGAGAGAUAUGGUCUGCAUUCCUUUAUAACUACCCAGGGUACAUUUGACUUGUUUAAAGUGGAAAUGUGUUUAUAAAAAUAUAUAAAUAAACCUCGAUUUGUUAGCACUUUUCAGUUUGCAGGAGAUGCUGUCUGUCCGUCUGUCUGUCUCUGUGUCAGUUCAUACUGGUCCUGGAAAGCAGCUGCUCAGCUCCAGCCCUCCACAGUGGGGGUGGGGAUUACCUUUGUAAAUUGUAUUUAUAAAAUAUACCACAAAAACUAAAAAAAAAAAAAAAAAAAAAAAAGUCAUGAUAUAACUAGAGUGCACAGUGCUUGACAAAGAAGAGUUAUUAUAAGAAUAAUAAAAAAAGUAAAUCCUUUAAAUAUGUUGUGUUUGGUCUCCAUUAUUAUAUAUCAGGUUGUUCAUGUGUAUGGUAACUAAAAGCUUCAGAAACGUUUAUCUAAGCUAUAGCUCAUUUCAGCUUGAGUUUGAUUAAUAGCAAUAGAAGAGUGUUACUCACUUGUGACUCCAAUCCAGGGCCUUAUCACAACCAGAUCCUUUUUACUUAUGUACUUGCAGUAACUGAACACAUGGAUUCAAUUUAACAAUUACAAUGUGGUCGGAACAAGGCACUGGACGGCUUGAUUCAUUAAUUAAGGACAUGGUUGGAACAAGGUCCUGGAUUGGGAUGGAUUGAAAAAGCCUCAACUGAGUACCACUGAAAUAGAUCCCAGUGAGAUUCCACCACACCGUCCUGCCUGCCUUGGUGCUUCCUGAGUAAUUGGUUGAAGGCUGCAUGUUUGGCCAUUGGUUGUUACUGUUCCUGCUGCUACAGGAUUUCUACAGCAGCAGAAUAUUAGCAUCUUUAUAGGAAGCUUUCCAGCACACCCCUGUUCUAUAACUGAAAGUUCAGCAAAUAAAUAAGAGUAGUGCACGAUUGCAUGUGUAUUUACGAUCUUGUGGGGUUUAUCAAUGUAGGGAUAGCAUUUAUUCAUUUAUUUAUUUAUUUAUUUAUUUUAACAUUCCUAGUAUUGGCAGGGUUCUCCUGAGAAUUUGGUGUUGAUGGUGAGCAAAGUAACUUGGACUUGAUGGGAUUUAUAUCCUGUUGCGUUUUUUUUUAUUUAUUUAAUAGUUUUUACAUUUAUAGUUGCUAGGUAAACUACAUACUGAUUAAUGACGUUGAGAUUAAUCUUUUGAAUAGUUUGGCAGGAGUAAAAUAAUAUGGUUAAGGUUUACAGCAAGGAGCCUUGAACUUAAUAUUAACUAAACAGCUGUUUCAAAAUAUUUGUUGUAUAAUUGUUGAUAAAUGAUUCUCAGGAUUGCAUGUGGAAUGACAUCUCUACUGGACUCCAACCUUGUCUUAGACUUGGCAAGGUGGCUACUGCACUGUUGGAAGAAUAGUGUAGUCUCUCUCCCUCUCAGAAACUGGCUCACUCCAUACAGUACCUGGAAAUGUGCUGGUUGGUCCAUGUGUAAAAGGAAUGCCUGUACAGUGUGCGUGGUUGCCUUUGUAACAGAUUGCAUGAUGUGCACACACCAGCCUUCUCACUGUCGUUGCUUCAAGCCAGCUACACAUUUACCACUGUACAGUCAGUCCAACAGUGACACACACAGCGAGCGUUGCUAGGGGCGUGUUGCUACUUGGAUGGGUGACAUUUCGUUUUACUGUAAUUUGUCAACCAUAAUGGAGGAUCAUCAUGAAGUCAGAAUUCUUGUAAAUUAAUUGGGAGUGGGUAAAAGCUGAAAUCAAGAAAAAACUGCCUGGAUGGGGCAUUAAAAUAUGAAGAAACGUCUUAAAACGUAUACCACAUAAUUACUACUUUUUUAUAGCCUCCAAAUUAAAAGGAAUUAUUAUGAUAUGACUUUUCAUUUUUUUUAAUCAAUUAAAAUGUGGGAGUGGGUAACACUCUGCUACCUGCCGAGGAGAAAGAAAAAGAUGGGGUCCAGCUUCACCCAGAAAAAACGAGCCUGCUUGCUUUCAAAAUAACAGUUUUUUAUGAACCUGUCUACACACUGAACUUUUUUAUAAACUAAGGGGCCUGUGUACUAUCCAACUAACAGUAUUUCUGAGAAUAAUAACACAUAUAACUUUUUGUGAACUGUUUAAAUGAGAGAUUACCAUCUAAACAAACUUUCCAUUAACUGAAAAACGUGUUGCUGCAACUGCAGUAUCAGGAGCUGACCGUUGUGGUUUGGUGAUGUGCUUCUGAAGAAUUACCUCAAAAUGUAUUUUUGCAAAAUGAGCUACCGCAGGAUAUUGUACUAAGAUGCUAUCUUGCUGAAAUUAAUUAUUAUUCUAGUUAAAAUGUUGAAAAAGCAUAUUAGUCAUAUAAAACCAAGCUAAUGCAUUAUAUUAAUUUUUAGAUGUCUCAUAUAUGUGUUUAUUAUGCUAUUCAUAUUCAUUUUAGAUGGGUGGAUAAGAUUGUUUUGUAUGCUUGAAUAACACUAUUGUUUUAUAAGAUUUUAUUAGAAUUGCGUACUUAAAAGAUAGGAUUAUUGUGUCAAACUUACUGUUUUUUAAUCAAGGGCCUAAACUCUUGAUAAACAUCAUCUCUCUGAAGGAGGCUACUUAAAAAUAAACAAAAAAAAAUUGAGAAUGUGUUCUGAACAAAGGUGGUGUGUAUUCUUAAUAAAUA